AUGAAGUUCUUUAUUCUGCUAUCGCUAGUUGCUUUUUGCAGCUGUUUACCAGCUCAUCAAAAACAAUAUAAAGAUGUAGAAUCAAAGAACGUGGUUCAAAAGAAUAAUCCUAUUAACAACUUUUGGAAGACGUGGAACCAGCAACAUCAAGGAGAAGAACCAUGGAACAAGUGGGCUGAAUAUGGCGUAGACAAACAACCUGGUAAUUACUGGAGGCAAUAUGUACAGGGCAAAAAUCAAGUUGGCGAUGUUGCUGUACCCUGGAUCUAUCAUUACUGGGAUACCAAGGAUUACGAAAACUUGAGUCCUGUACAACGUGUCCAACUUCUUCUUAAUUAUUUGCAAGUUCACCAACAGUGGAAUCAAUUGAACUCUGAUGUACACAAUGAAGAUUAUUUGCACCAGCUGUUGUACCAACACCUUCCUGAAUAUGUACAAUAUAGCCACGAAGACGUGCUACCCCACUUAGUACAAUACUUUGAACAAAACCCCGUAAAAUAUACCGAUAUGUUGCAACAAGUGGUUCAAUACCCAUGGUCCCACCAACAACUUAUGUACCAUAUAAUGUACCAAUUGUACCAACAUUAUGGCCAAGCUCCGUGGACCCAAGAACAAAUCAGAAACCAUAUUGUAAAGUACCAAGAAGUUUUCCCCCAACCAUUAUCUCAUGAUCAAAUCGAACAAUUGGUAGAAUUUGUGUACCACCUUCAACAAGAACUAAUCCCAAUACACUACCAACAACUAGAACAAGUACAACCCCAGUUAGAGAAUUACUUUGAACAAAACCCAAUGAAAUAUAACGAUAUUUUACAUAAAUCCAUCCAAUCUCCAUGGUCUCAAAGACAGCUAUUGUACCAUGUAAUGUAUGAAUUAUACCAUCAUUAUGGUCAAGCCCCAUGGUCCCAAGAACAAAUCAGAAAGCACAUUGUACAGUACCAAGAUGCUUUCCCUAACCCAUUAUCUCAGGAUCAAAUCGAACAAUUAGUAGAAUUUGUUUAUCAUAUUCAACAGGAAGUGAUGCCAAUGCACUACCAACAACUAGAACAAAUGCAACCAUGGAACCUGAAACAAGUACAUUUAAUAAACAACGGACAAGUCCUACCAUGGAACCAACACAUCGCUCAACCAUUGAACUAUGAAACACUCUAUUCAAAGAACUACCAAAAUGGUUUGCCAUGGACCUACAGACAACCACAACAAGGAUAUGAAGCUGUCCAACCAUGGUCCCAUCAACAAACUGUUUCACAGAUAUACGGAAAUCCAUUAGCUCAACACUAUUAUACUCUUCCCCAACCCGGUGUUUUGGGAGUAAACCAAUGGCAACAAAAUCAACAACCAUGGACCCAAUACUGGAACCGAUACGGACAACAAUACGAACAUCCUCAACAAUGGGUUAUGUGA